AUGAGAAGUAAGAAACGUCGCGCGUUACCACACGCGCCGCGUUUAAUAGCAAGAAGAGUCGUAUUUGAAGAAGAAGGAAAUACAGUUAUUUCCCCCAAGUGAGAUGUGCUUCUUGCAAGAAGAUAACUGUGCAUUGUUUUUAGCGUUUGUCAUUUGUUAUUUACGUUGUACUAAAAUUAUUGUGUUCUCAUUAUAAGGCUAUUUUUCGGUGCACCGCUUUAACACAGCCCCUUCCUUCUACCUGUGAGGGUUUUUCUUGGUGUUUUCCCGCUCCUAUUCAGUUGGGUGCCAGAGGUUUUUUUCUCACUUAAUUCCUGAUAGCUCGAGGCGAAACGCGGGAGCUUCACUAAACAGUGUGGAGGGCUAUUUCUCUGGAGCAAGGCGGAUAGAGCCAGGGUAUCCCGCUCCAUGAUUAACAACAUUUUCUUUAAUCCAAAACAGUUUUUUUUACUUUAAAAGUUUCUGAUUGGACAGCUGUCUUCGUAAAGAAGGGAUAAAUUUGAACAGGUUAAUUUUCAAAAAAAUAUGGGCUCUCUGAAAGAUGUGGAACUUUUAUCAAUCGUCUUACGUUCUGUUUACUUGCGAGCGAACUGAAUUUUUUUUUUUUUGUGAUCACUGAAUUAUCCAAAAUCUUAUCUGUUUAAAAGUACCGGUAACGAAGAUAGCUAGAAGGCGGAUUUUUGACAUAACGUAACGGCCGUCGCAUCCGUCAUUUAGCAAUUAAAAAACGGCUUCUUAGCAUUAUCAGAAACUCUUCCGUUAAAACUAAGUAAAAGGAAUUCACUUACUCGCGCGCAAUAGUUAAACGAUGAUUUUGAAAUGAUUUUUUACUGAUUAUGAUAGACGUGCCUUUCAAAAGCAUUUGUUUACACUGAAAAAAAGUUGUCUUGUCUCGGAUAACAUCUAUCUGUUGCUGUCAAGACUUUUUGCGUCUGAAAUUCUUCAACUCGUGCUUUUUUUACCCUAACUUUUUCAUUCCAAGUCCUCGUUCCACCAAAAACGCAGGCGCAAACGUUAUUGAAAUUUUAAACUUCGCCUCUCUUUCAUUUUAACCAAUCAACUUACAGAACGUUCGCGUACGUCACCAUGUGACGUCACAGUAUAAUAUAUAAGCACACGCCACACACGAGCGAGCUUCAGUUUGCACUGACUUUCACUGUGUAUACUUGACUUACGUCACUGUAAUUGAAAAGAAAUUGCGCCUGAAAUGGGUUGUAAUCAGAGCAAAGUGAAAUUUUCGCAAGUGUUUAAGAGGAAGAGGGUAAGAACAACUUAGCGAUUGAUGAACUUUUUUUAAUAAAUGAAAAAUUUGCCAAUUUUAUGCAUCUUUAGCUGUGGUUUUCGAGAGUGUGUAGCAAGGCAGCUGAAAACAUAUGGCGUCAGCCUUGCCAUAUAAGGGCACAAAUUUGAAAUAAUUCUGACCAAUCAUAGGGAGUUAUUUGUAGGCCCCAUGUUGGGUUAACGUGACCAUAAAAGGAAACAUUUUUUAAAAAUUCUGACCAAUCAUAGGACAUUAUUUGAAAGCCCACGUGGGUUCGGUCCCACCAUAAAAGGAAACGAAUUUGAAUUUAAAAUGACCAAUCACAGCGCGUUUUCUCCAUAUCUCGCGCGUGCGUGGAAAGAUUGAGCCGUUACAGAACAACGAGUGUAUUCAGGGAUUAUUCUUGAUCAGCUCAGAAGAAAGGCAACUGAAGAAAAACAACAAACAAACAAAAACGAAAAUGGUUAUAAUUCUGGCCAUUGAAACCACAAAGUCCCCAACGUUUCUUUGAAAUGUAGCGAUUUCUAGAAAAAUUCAAACUAUAUUAGCAUGAUUUUACUGCUGUAACAGACAGCGCGCUCAUAUAGAAUCAUGGCUUUUUCAAUUUAUUGGAAGAAUGAAUGAGGUCUUCUAAUAUACAUGUUGAGAAUAAAUUUAUUAAAGAUCAUGAUUAAUAGAACAGUUUAAAUCGACAACAACAAAUUUCAUUUACAUAUCCACCCUCAAGUAAUAGCUAGGGAACUAAUCGAGGCGGAGCGGGAGGAGGGGGAGGGAGAGGGGAAACAAGACAUAUUUUACAUAAUUCAUUUUCAACCUCGGAUAAUGCAUUUCUAGCACUCUGAUUGGUUCACUCAAUUUCGGUUAUCAGCUCAUAUACCUAAGUUUGACCUUAUAUGGAAAACAAAAUUCCUCUCGGACAAAGCGACGGAAAAAAGUAGAUUUCGCGAGGUUUCUACCGACGAAACAACAGCAAAAAAAAAAAAAGAAAAUGCCUUACCGGCAGUGUGUUAAACUGUUUGAGAAAAACAGACUAGACAACAGCAACAAUUAAGACCUAUAUCAAAUUAAGCAAAUUCGACGCAAACUCACUUCAGAAAUUUUAUCACUCUGAGGGUCUAAGUGGGAUAAACCGUCAUCCCGGGGGGGACUCCCAUAUGAAAGGGGCAGGGACGCUCGUCGUCUCGCUUAGGGUGUAAAUUUCGGAUUUUGGUCUCACUAAGAGUGUUCUGGGCAAAACGCCAUUAUAUUUAGCCGUAAAGGUCUCUUUUAGGGUUGCAACGAAGAAAUGUUAAAAAGUCAUAUAUUUUCAAUUCGUUUUAUUUACUCGAUUCAUGUAAUCAAAAAACGGUUGGGCCACGCCCAGAUUGGUCUCCUCAAAAGUUCCGACCAACAUCCCCGCCCCAUUCAUAUGGGAGUCCCCCCGGGACCGUCAGCCGUCCAAGGCCCAAAAUUUAACCGUCAACCGUCGAAAAAAAUAUUUUUUACCGUCAGCCGUCAAAAAUACAGACAAAUUUUAACCGUUAAAAAGUUUCAAGGUAUUACAAAUCUUACUAUUUCAGCUGAUCUUUACGGGGAUUCCUGCCCCUGAAAAAAAUCUCUUAACUCGAAAAAGAACGUUCCAUGUUUUAGCAAAAAGCUCUUUCUAGAAAUCAUGAAUGUAUUUGGAAAUUUUAUAAGUGAAAGGCCAAGAAAACCCCCAAAACACAACAGUUCAUAUUAAUUCAUAUUAACUUUUAACCGUCAACCGUCAAAAAUGGAAUAAAAAAUAACUUCAACCGCCAAUGCUACCACCCCAUUGAGACCGUCAUAAGAGACUCCUUAUUUCUGUGUUAAUACGUUUUUUUUUUUGCCAGGCAACCAAGAGAACAACUUGGUACGUUGACCUUGGUACGUUAGAAUGCAGCCCUCCUCUUGUGCAGCAUACGUCACAGAAGCCAGCCCCAGCCUCAAACAUCCAUUAUGAGGACUUUUCUAUUCUGUCUUUUAUGACAAGAAAAGAUCAUUACGAGUGGGUGGAGAUGUAUGCUAAAGAACAAUUGUUUGAAUGCGUGAAAUCGUGUGUAAACUAUGAAGGAUUUCACGAAUACGGCUUCCAUCUAUUAUCAUUCACUCCAAGGCCCUCGUUGGAGAUCAGAACUAACGAUAAUAGACACAUCCAUUCCCUUCCUUGGGGAAACUCCACGGCCUUGGAGUACUUUCUAAGGUAGGUACAACUGAGACAGUUCAAGGUUCAUUGUAAGUACCCUGCGAGCAAGCUCACCUAUUAUGGCGAGCGAGCCGCGAGAGAACCUGCCCCUCGCACUCGCGUCUUCUUUCGCGUGCGGCUCUCGCGUGAACUCUCGCGACUCUCCCUAUAUAGAAAGCUUCCUCGCAGGCUAAUUUAAAGUUGCUAUCGAUCUUUGCCUCGGUUGGAAUCCAAGACAGUCUUGGAUUCUGGAUUCCACACCAUGGAUUCCGGAUUCCAGGUACUGGAAUCCGGAUUUUUUGUAAGUGGAAUUUGGAUUCCGGAUUGCAUUGUUAUUGGAUUCCUUGAGUUGUAUUCCGGAUUCCAUCCCGCUAAAAGUUCUCACAAGAAAUUAAAUUAGCCUUUGUGCAGAACGAAAUUGGAAUGAAAGAAGGGUAAAUGUCUCGAAGGAGGAUAAACGUUAUAGUUAGGAUAGGCCAAGGCGAAUUGACGUUUUCUUUUCUUUAUCAUCCACAGAACUAUUCCAGAAGCAAUUGCAACAAAGGUGGGGAAUGACCCCUUUGUUCUUGUUAUCGACGAUCUCGAUAACGAGUCAGGCUAUAGUAAAAUGUGUGUUAGUCUGAUUGAGAAGACCUGCCAGACAAUGCAAAUGAGGUAAUUAAAAAAUAAUAAUAAUUAAAAAAAUUGUUAUACUUUCCUGGUCCCCAGGGUUGUCUUGUGUUCCCGAGUAGGGCGGCUGUCGGGGAGACCCAGCCUCGUUCCCAGUCGUCCUCGGCGAUUUCGGAUGUGACGUCACCUGUCAAGCUUGUCGCGAAAAUUCGCUCUCGGUUCCAAGCCUCCUCUUAUAGCUCGGAUUGCGCGAAAUGGCCUGGGUACGAGGCUGGGGGAGACCCUCUUCUUUUCUGCCGCCGCCUUUUUGGAAAGCGAAAAGACCCUGGGGAGGAGGUCGGCACUUGGGAUUCCAUCGUGUAAGGAGUGUCCAAAACAACUUAGUACAAAAAGCCAAUUUUUUUUGUCGUUGUUCUUUCCUCCUUUUUCUAUUCAACCUAUUUCUUUUAAGUCUUCUCAGAAAUGUAAGUGAUAUGUAUAAAUCACCAGGAUUCUUUCUAGCAAACGGACGGAAAUUUCUUUGUGUUACUGGAAAAGGCGCCCGAAAUCAUCAUCAUCAUCAUCAUUAUCGUCAUCGUUAGUUUCGGAAAAAUUGUGAUCAUUAACUGAUUGAUUUUAAUUCUUAAGUCUCAGUUUGAAAAUAUCUAUGCUCUUCAAAAGAAUGUAAAUAAAUGAACUUAAGUCAUUAUAUAGCUUUGGGUUGAAUCUAUAUCGUGUUGAUGUCAUUCACUGACUAUCUUCUUAAUUUUCACAGGUUUGAGGGGAGGUUGAAGAGAGUCUGUAUCAACAGACCAUACGGUCUGUUAGCCUAUGACCUCGCGAUCAGGAAGCGCUUCAACCUCCCGUUUGCCAGGUAAGAACUAACUCAAAUACUUUCUCUGACGAUUAGUAUUUCACUCUUAACACAUUUCAGAGGUAUUGCAAAAAUAGUAAUUAUAUUCAGUGGUCAUUACGGGAUCUUUUCAGAGGCCAUCCCCAACGUUAAUACUGCCGCGCUACCCAGGUGCCUCUUGGGAUUUUCUGCGGUAGUCAAGGCGCAAGGAGUCUUCCCAUGUGUCUUUGCGUUUUUGAAGCUUUCUUACGAUCCUUGCGUCGCGACUACCGUCGAAAAUCCCAAGAACAGACUGGGCUCGAGAAAGUGAUGUUAAACAUGCAUUUGGAAAUAGUGGUUUAAUAUAGACUAGUGAAACGUGAAGUCAGCUUUGGCCAAUCUCAGGGACUCGCGUUAAGAUAAGGUGGAAGCCUUAAAACGUUUGAACAACCGGUGCCUGGAAUUGAACAGUUCGCUCCUCCCUCCGCUUGUUGGGUAAUCUCGUACCCAGAUCUCCCGCAAGACAAAGUGAGAUCUGAGUACGAGGUUACCUGUAGGGACAACGCAGAACUAACUUCUCAUAUGUCUUUCACUGCUACCUAUCAUGAUACAUUCUGCAACUCAACUUUAAUGAACGUUUUUUUUCUUUUUUCAGCUCUGAAAUAGAGAAUAAGUUAGUCGUAACCGAUCGAUUCUCUGCGGGCAAGCUGGCAAAAGCUACAGGUCAGUUAACAGCCAUUGAUAUCUCUGAUUAAUGAUGAUUAAAAUAUAGAUUUAGCCAGGAUAGUUUUCACGCUUGAAUUCAACUAACAAAACUUCGACCUGUUAUCCGAGAUUGGAUUAGUCCUGGAGCGUAACAAAAAGGGUGACCAGAGCUGAAAGUGAAUCGUUAAAAAUUAAAUGUCGAAGGUUAAUAUCGUAAUUCAAACUAAAGAGCCCUGUAAAGAGACUUCAACCCUGAAGUACUUCUAUCCAAGGGAAGGCGGUAGGGCGGGGGGGAGGGGGGGGGGGUUACGCAUUUCAUAUGGCGCUAAUUUAUUAUGAGUUUUGGGGUGACCGGGGUGACACGUGACCAGCGGUUGUCAGGGCUUUUUCCCCGACCGUGGGGGACGAGGUUGCCUUUCUUUGUAAAAAAAGGAAUAAGAAAGGAUAAGGGGUUGACCCUUGGACUUUGGGGGGGAGAAAUUUUUUUGAGUACCCCCCCCCCCCCCCCCGGCUCUUGCCUUAGCACAAUAUGUUUGUACAGCUGACCGUCAUUUUGAAGAGGUUAUCCUAGAAUUUUUUUGUUCUUGGUCUUGCAGGUUUUCCAGGCAGACUUAUUCCAGAAGAUGAACUUAAAACCAGAUGUUUCUGAAAAACGAUUUACAAUGGCAAUUUUAACUCUAGGAAUUAAGCAAUCUUGAACACUAUAGUCUUGUUAUUAUUAUU